AUGAAGUGAAAGUUGCUGGCUUUACAAGUUUUGCAGAGCAAUUGUGGUUGCAAUUGGGGCUGAAGUAAGUGAAAAAUAGCGGUUUACAGACCAAAAGGUGCCCACCCCUGGUACCGCAUGACGCACGUCCUGUGGAUCGGGAAAUCUGCCAUCAUAGCUCAGCGAAGAUAACAACCGAGGGGCCCCUUUUGUUUGCCGUGCUUUCUUUGGCUUCUGUGCCGCACCGGAGUAGUGGUUGGGCCGCCGAAGUGCUGCGCUUUUCUCAAGUAGCUGGCCUGGUCUUUCGCCGCGUACGCGUUUACAAACCGGGGCGGAACACCGAGGAACAAAAGAACAGACAGCAGCGAAAUGAGCGAAACGACUGUGGCUGCCAUCUGCAAGGAUCUGGACGGUGACGACCGAUGGAUGAGCAUCCACAAACACUUUGUCGCCGAGUGCAAGGAGAAGGAUCCGGACGUCAUGUUCAUCGGUGACUGCGUGCUGGAGUCGCUGCAGUUCACCGACUACUGGAAUCAGCAGUUCGUGCCGAUGCACUGCCUCAACUUCAGCAUUCGCACUGACCGGACACAGCACAUCCUUUGGCGGCUGCAGAACGGCGAGCUGGAGAACGUGCGACCGAAGGCGGUGGUGCUGCACGCCGGCACCAACAACAUCAGCGACACGGCCGAGGCGGUGACCGAGGGCAUCCUCGAGCUGGUGCGCACUAUCCGCCAGAAGCUGCCCGAUGUUUACAUCGUGCUGCCGACGCUGCUGCCGCGGGGCCAGCAACCCAAUCGGCUACGGGACAAGAACGAUCAGGUGAACCGGUUGCUGCGCGAACGGUGCGCCGGCAUCAGCAAGGUGCAGAUCGUGAGCGUCGACGGUGGCCUGAUACAGAGCGACGGUACGAUCAGCCACCACGACAUGUUCGACUAUCUCAAUCUCACGAACGUGGGCUGCAAGAAAGUGUUUGAACCAAUCUGGGACCUGUUGCACCAGAUACUGACCGAGAACGAGAAGGAGCGCGAUCUCACACCAUCGGAGUGAGCAGCAGUAAGGCUGUAGCGAUAGUGGUGGUGGUGGUGGUAUCUGUCGCUGAUCGUGCGCCGAUCAAGAAGGGCAAAAGCAGCGGGCAGGAGGGAUAUCUCGUCGCACGGGACGUUUCCAAUCCGAAGCAGCGGCAGCACUACCCAGCGGUGGUGUACGGUGUUUGCUCACUUAGGUGAGCUGAGUUAGCGUUGUAGCCCUCGCUCUUUGGCCAACACUAAUCACCAUCACCACCAUUACAUAACACCCACAAAACACCUCUACAUAAGAACAUUCCACUUUAUUACAUCGAUCUCAUGUUGCGCCUUAUACGAAUGUGUUUUUUUUCUGCGAUUGCUUGUUUAUUGCUCUUUUUGUGCCCAUCCAUCCCUCCUCCAGUAUAAUUGCUUAGUAUUCAACAACACACACCCUUACGCCCCGAUAAGGACGACAGCCUACUUUCUUUGCCACCAAUAUCUCGCGUAUUCACGUGUGCAAGGUAGUAAGAUGGGGAAAACCCACACCAAAAAACAAUGUGCAAGAGCUGCACACUGCUAAUCAUGCAACAGGAUAGCAACGGUGGGUGGCCGAAGAGCGAAGGGGAAGAGGAUGACGUUGGCUUAGCGUAGCAUCAUCGCAAAAUCACACGAGCUAGCUUAUUCUGAAACAAACCAAAUGACCUUUGUAGUCUAUUUUGAUUUAUCACUUAUUAGUUUGAGAAACAGUGGGAGAGAUGACGAGAGCGAAAUAAUGUCAGGGUUUAACUGCUCAACGGAUAAAAAACUUUUCGAAACUGGAUCAACGGAUUCAACACGAUUCCAGGUGGACCUUGAACUCGAAUGUCAAUCACCGGUGAACCUUAAUAAGCGAAUAAAGUAAUGCUGGCACUUUCAUACACAUCAGGGACAGCGAUCAGGGUGCACUCCGUCGCUGGUAUGUUUGUGCUAAAGCUCA